GCUUAUAUAUACUGCUACUCUAUUCCGAUUCACUUCUCAGUCUCUACCUCAAGCCACUCUAAAGAAAAUGGCGGUGCCUCUACUCUCGAAGAAGAUCGUGAAGAAGAGGGUGAAGAAGUUCAAGAGGCCUCAGAGUGACAGGAAAAUUUCUGUCAAGACAAACUGGCGCAGACCAAAGGGUAUCGAUUCCCGUGUUAGGAGAAAGUUCAAGGGAUGCACUUUGAUGCCAAACAUUGGUUAUGGUUCAGACAAGAAGACCCGCCACUAUCUCCCUAAUGGUUUUAAGAAAUUUGUUGUUCACAAUGUGAAGGACUUGGAACUGCUCAUGAUGCACAACAGGACUUACUGUGCUGAGAUUGCCCACAAUAUAUCCACAAGAAAGAGGAAAGAUAUAGUUGAGAGAGCCGCACAGCUUGAUGUUGUUGUGACAAACAAAACAGCCAGAUUACGCAGCCAGGAGGAUGAAUAGUCUAAAUGACUAAAAAAGUCACUUAUCUGUAGUGAUUCAGUAGUUCAAUAUCAAAUUUGCAGUUUAAUUUUAAAUUGAAUUCUGCUUCAAUGUAUUUUGCUUAUUGAGAACCAAGUUUGAUUUUGUUGUGUCUCUUGCAAUUCUUAUCUUGCCUUGAACCCUGUCCACAACAUCUUUAGGAACGAAAAUAAAAGAAACCUUAAUCUUUCGGUGUGU